AUGUCUUUCUAUCGUUUCAAAAGACAGACCUACUCGCCAACCUCGUCUACGAGCCUUUCGCCCACGGGCCCUGUGAUGGAGAACCCCAUCACCUUCCAGGCUCUGGCUGCAAGGAUCGUCCCCGAUGUGAGCUUGAGAAAGAAGAAAAAGCAGCGAAAGCCUCUCGUCUUGCCAUCCAUGUUUCUGGAAGAGGACGCCGACGAUGAGGAUACUCCGCCUCCCAAGUUGGUGCGAGUCUCCUCUGUGGACGAGAAGACAGACAACGCGGCACGAACGAAUGGCGGGGAAGCACAUGCGCGCAAGAACAAGACUCAGUACUUCGAUGGGAUCUUCAACAAUCGUGGACCGGAGCAUUCUUCCGCAAGCUUGCUGGCCAGUGGCUCCAUUGUUGUGGUCGAGAUCAAGAUCAGCACCCGGGUCAAAGAGGACGAGGCCAAGCUCGUGUCCGAUCUUACGUUUCGCCUGGCGCAGGUCUAUCAGCGGCCCGAGAAUUUCAUGAUGGUCACCAUUCAGCAGGACGUCUGCCUUCAUUUCGGUAACUCGGAUCGCCCUGCCUAUCUGAUGAAGGUCUUUGCGCACCCAUACCUGAUUGCUCCAAUAACGAAUCUGCGCAACACAAUCUUCAUCCAGAAGGCUCUCCACGAAUUUAUCGACAUCGCGCCCAAUCGUGGAGUGAUCAUAUAUGCUCCUGUACCCGAAGAGAAUCUCGCGACAGAUGGGGUCACGAUGUUGGGGGAUCUCGUACGCCUUGAACGCGAUACGCGGGACUCGAGUGUCUUCAAAAGUAUCUCGCGUUCUAUGAGUCGAAAGCUAAAGUCCAGUAGCAGCAGUCCACGUUUAUCUGUCGCUACGUCCUCCUGCGACAAAGCGGAUGGAUCUCAUGAAUCAACAUCGGUCUCGGACAAAGAUGGCCAUGUCAAGGAAUCCUCUGGUGAAGGCGACCAGUCCCAAUCAGUCAGGAAGUCCAAAAGCCUGCGUGAUUUUGUAUACCGCCGGGUCGGAGACCGUAAUUCGGAGGAAGAAACGAAAUAG